AUGAAUCUUCAUGAAAGUAGUCUGACUCUUGCCUUUUGCAUGCAGAUUGCAAUUGGGGUUCUGGGGAACUCUUUUCUGAUUUGUCUCUUCACUGUCACUGUCCUCAGUGGACAAAGAAUGAGACCCAUAGAUAUGAUUCUAAACCAGAUAGCCUGGGCCAACUCCUCAAUGAUUAUCUCCAAGAGCAUUCCACAAACACUGGUAGCCAUGAACCUGAAGAACUUCUUGAAUGUCUAUGGCUGUAAAUUUUUCUUCUAUCUCCAUAGGGUAUCUCGUGGUCUUUCCCUAAGCAUGACCUGCCUCCUGAGUAGCCUUCAGGCUAUCACCAUUAGUUCCAGAAGCUCCAGAUGGGCAGAGUUUAGGGAUAAAAUCCCACAGUACAUGAUCCCCACGUGUUCCCUCUCUUGGGCCUUUCAUUUGCUAUUAAAUAGCAUUGUUCUUGAGAAAGUCAAAGGACCAAGGAAAUCUAGAAACAUCUCAAAUGUCCUGCCUUAUGGAUAUUGUUCCACUUCAGAGGCGACCACAGUUAGUACUACACUAUUUAUAGUUGUAGUCUCCUUCCCUGAUGUGGUGUGUGUGUGGAUAAUGGUCUUUACCAGUGGCUACAUGGUGUGGCUUCUGUAUAAGCACCACAAGGAAGUCCAGCAUAUCCACAUGGCCAACCUUUCCCCCAGAUCAUCCCCUGAGAUCAGUGCCACUCAGUCUAUCUUGCUCUUGGUGAGCACCUUUGUGUCCUUUUACUCAAGUAAUUCCAUCUUGGCAGCAUACAUACAUUUAAGAAAGCCAGGACUCUGGUUGGUUCACAGCUCUACGUUUUUGGCUGCCUGCUUCCCAACUGUUAGCCCAUUUGUGCUUCUCAGCACUGACUCCCAGCUUCAAAAGUACAGUGCUCUGUUUUGGAGAAGGAAUAAGCCACGUUUUUUGCCUUUCUCUGAAUCCCUAGUGCCUAACCAAGAAUCUGACUCAUUAAUAAGCUCUUUAUUAGUUGAAUGCCUGAUCUUUAACCUCAGUGUUAUAAGGUUUUUAUUAUAGUAUUUCCUUUGUUUUAAUCUGUCCCUACCUCCCUUUGAGGAUAUUAUCCCAAGAUUUCAUUUCCCAGAGGGAAGGAUAAGUGGAGACUUACAGAGGCCUUUGCAAAUGAGGUCUGUGACUGAACACAGAAGGAGGGUUCUCAGAUUUAUUGUUCUGCAUGGCAAUACUAAUAUCACAGAACAUUAUAAUUGUAGGAACCAAAGAAAGAAUCUAGUCCUAUACUUUGCUGGAAAAGUUUUGUCAUAUUAUCCCCCAAAAGUCAAUCAGGGAUUCUAUUUUUUCUUCCAAUGAUACCUUCUCCUUGGGGACAGAUAUGAAUGUUGUGAAAGUAUUUGGUUUUCUUUUGCCUUUCCUUGUUUUCAGCCCAGACCUCUCUUGCUCUGUCAUUGUAAUACAUGGCCUUUUCUCCUCAUGGUAGUCUUCAGGACUGAAGGAAACUAUAAUCACUUUUCCACAUGACUGGUGGAACUGGGGAGAUUUGAGGUAAUACAAAGUUGAGUUGAACAAACCAAGCUA